UUACUGUAUUUUCCAACUACUCUAGAGUCACGUGGCAGUGACACCGUACUCUAACUUAAUCUAUGAACACGCAUCGCUGCAUCGCACGGGGCUCUCGCGAGGCAUGGAAUAGGCGAGAAACAAGGAGUGGCUUGUAAACGGAAUUAUACGCGAAUGAAAAAAAAAAAAAAAAAAAGAAAAGAAAAAAAAGAGCGAAACCUCGAGAGAGAAAUGGAGAGGGGGGAAAAUUACGAACGAAAAUAAGGCGUGUGCACGAUAGGAGGCGAUCCGAUGACUGAAUAAGCGAGCGCGGUGCAGCGAUGAUCGAACGCUCAGAUGACCUAAAUAUUCCAGCUCUUAUCGAUUCAAUCAGCAAAGUAAUGAAUACGAUGGACUUACACUCCGAUUGUUUGGGUUCACCGUUCGUCGACGCUAUACUUUUAUUACAGUCGAUUCUCCGGCUGUAAGCGCGCUUCGUGUGCACAUGGAAAAUAUACGUCCACGGAUGAUUCAUAGCGGUUACCUGACGAGUAUCGUCGAUUACGUAAAAAAAAAUAUAAAAACUGAAUUAAUCGUCACGUGGAAAACGUCCACCUGUGCGUAUUGUUUAGAAGACACCGUUGCGUAAUUCUUACAGCUGCAAUACCUACCGAUAACUCGAAGCUGCACCUGUAGAGUGAUGUGGAAAUUUUUUUAUCUCUCAUUGAUAGGCUGAUUGACCGAUGUAUGCUCAACGUAAAUCUGUACAGGUGGUCCGAACCUUUUAUCGAGUACCAGGGGGGUGUUUGCGCCGUCUGGAAUAUCCAUCGUGGUUACGGUGUACACCUGACAAUUUGAUAACCUGUCAUGCAUCACCGAUUGUAUCUGCCAAGGUUCGGAUCGCGUGUAGUGUCGUAAAAAUUUGUUCGUCGGUUUCGGUGGAAAUUCACAAUUUUUAUUUUUUUAUAUCGGGCUUCCGUGAAUCCUCUAGAAUUGUAGAUAAGACAUCAUAAAUAUGGUUCGCCUGAUCGAAAAUCCGAAGUCGGUCGCGGUCUGGAGGUUCGGAGGGUCGCACCGAUCACGGAAAACCUUAUACUUGACAGGUAUCGAAGGAUCGAAAAAAAAAUCCGUCACAGAAAGAAAUGAGAGACAAUUUGCAGUAUUUGAGAAAUUGAAGAUAAAGGACGUACGGAGAGGGCGAAGGAGGAAAAGUCAAGGGUGAACAAAGGGAAAGAAACUACGAGAGAAGCUAUCGAUAAUUAUCAACGACAGGUGAUAGAAUGGCGCCCGGUGGGGAAAGAGUCCCAUCCACAACAUGCACGACCACGGAAACGGAAGUCGAAUUGCCGGAUAAAAACAUGAACAUCAAACUUUCGGAGAACGAUAUCGUUGCAGACCCGUUACAAACGGACGAAAUGAAAAGUCGAAGAAAAACGGUGGCUGCUUAUGUGCCCAGAAUCCAGUGGCUUGAUCUCAUUGUUCAAAUAUUCAUUCACGGCGGCUGCUUGUACGGACUGUAUCUCAUCCUCACGCAGGCUAAAUUUUUAUCCGCUCUAUGGGCUUUCGUAACAAUCUACACUUCCGGAUUCGGUAUUACAGCGGGAGCCCAUAGACUUUGGUCUCACAGAGCUUACAAGGCAAAGUGGCCUUUGCGUAUGCUUCUCGUUUUUCUUUUCACCAUUACUGGGCAGAGACACGUUUACGCAUGGGCAUUAGAUCACAGGGUGCACCACAAGUACAGCGAGACGGACGCUGAUCCGCACAAUGCGAGACGAGGAUUUUUCUUCGCUCAUAUCGGAUGGCUGUUCACCACCCCGCAUCCCGAAGUAACUGCAAAAAGAGCCGCGGUUGACAUGAGCGAUCUCGAAGCCGACCCCAUAGUUAUGUGGCAAAAACGGUUAUACAUUCCGCUCUUCGCGUUGCUAGCGAUUGGAUUUCCGGUUGCUGUACCUUACUACUUUUGGGGCGAGUCACUGUGGAUAUCAUUCUGGGUGAACUUCAAUUUUCGCUUCUGCGUUACUUUGAACAUCGCAUUCUUCGUCAACAGCGUAGCUCAUAUGUGGGGGCAGAAACCUUACGACAAGCAUAUAUCUCCGGUGGAGAACAUGGCCGUCUCCCUAGCCGCUUUGGGGGAAGGAUGGCACAACUACCACCAUGUAUUUCCAUGGGAUUAUAAGACUGGUGAGUUGGGCAGCUACUCGUUCAACAUCACAACUGGAUUCAUCGACGCAUUCGCCCAGUUGGGAUGGGCUUACGAUCGAAAAUUCGUUUCGCCCGUCAUGGUGAAGAGAAGAGCCGAUCGCAGCGGUGACGGAAGUCACAUAUGGGGUUACGGGGACCGAGAUAUGCCUAGAGAGGACCUCGAAGAGUUGGAAAAUAUGAAUGACAAGUCUUCGUAGACUCGAACGAUAAAUCACCCGGGAAUCCAGACUUAAUUUGGUCGUCCAUCUCACGACUCAUGGGGUGUUCGAAAAUUACAGUACAACAAAUUCCACGGGCAGAUUACCCAAUAUUGUAAUGAUAGGCUAACCGUCAUCUUGAUGAAAUUUUUGAUACAAGAAAUUGUUCAAUUGUAUCAAAUCUAACUAGACUUUAACGAUGAAUCUACGCUUAAAAUAUGAUGUGUACAGAAUAUUAUAUGUAUAGCUAACGAUGCAAGGCAAAUAGAAUUUAUUUGGAAUAAAAAUCGAAAAUCCCCGUACUCGUAAUAUAUUAAACAACACGAAUUUAUAAUUGUACAAUAUGUGUACCUAUAUGACAAGAACUGAGUCUAUGUAAGCUCGGCGCGAAUUUAUUUAUAACAAUUAUUUAUUCAUCGCUGUAUGCAAUAUUUUUCAUUCGCACAAAGAUUGUUCGUUUCAUGAAUGAAUAUACGAUCGUUUCAAUACCUGGUUA